AUGCAAACAGGUGGCAGCAACACCGUCAGCUGUUGAAAUGAUGGCCGAGCUAAGAUUUUCAUAAUAACUAAACAAUUGUAUUUUUUGUAAAAUAUUAGCAUAUGCAACUUACUAAUUAAAGAGUGAAUAUAUAUUAUUAUUGCGAGGAUCAAAGGAAUGCAUUCUCAAUAUAUAACACUACAUGGCGGCAGUAGGGAUAUGCAUAAUCGUUGCUGCGGAGGGCGUGCUUGGUGUGUAAAGGAUAUUUGUGGUAUUGUCUGCGCGGUGUUUACAUGGCUGCUAAUACUGUUCGCGGAAUUCGUCGUAAUGCGUGUGAUACUACUCCCAAGUCCAUAUCCGGUGUAUAGUACAAUAAACAUUAUAAUAUUCCAAUUACUUGCCUUUCUCGCUUUCGCCUCGCAUAUUCGUACAAUGUUGUCAGAUCCCGGUGCAGUGCCACGGGGAAAUGCAACAAAAGAAAUGAUCGAACAGAUGGGUUACCGUGAAGGUGAAAUGUUUUUCAAGUGCCCGAAAUGUUGCAGCAUUAAACCGGAACGCGCCCAUCACUGCUCAGUAUGUCAGCGUUGUAUUCGUAAAAUGGAUCAUCACUGUCCAUGGGUUAAUAAUUGCGUCGGUGAAAAUAAUCAGAAAUACUUUGUACUAUUUACGUUUUACAUUGCUGCUAUAUCCAUACAUUCUAUGUUCUUAGUUGUCACUGAAUUCGCGCAAUGUGUGCAUACGGAAUGGCGACAAUGUUCACCGUAUUCACCACCAGCAACGAUAUUUUUGUUACUCUUUUUAUCAUUCGAAGCGUUAUUGUUUGCAAUUUUUACUCUUAUUAUGUUGGCUACACAAUUAACUGCCAUAUUUAAUGACCAAACGGGUAUAGAACAAUUAAAAAAAGAAGAAGCACGUUGGGCAAAAAAAUCUCGCCUAAAGAGCAUACACUCUGUAUUUGGACGUUUUUCUCUGGCCUGGUUCUCACCGUUUACGAAGCCAUCAUGGCAAACGAAAUUCAAUUCGCAUUUCUAUUCCGUUUAGAUUGAGCGAGCUUAGCUUUUAAUACCCCUGUAAUAUGUGUACCCUUUUUAAAUGGUAAAUGAUAUAAUGAAUAUUUGUCGAUAACACUGGUCUACAUUGGUUUUGUCGCCUUAGAUAAAAUAUCGAUUUUAAAUAUAUUUGUGCCUACAGUUCAUGAAACUAUCAAUUUGUAAGAUUUGCUCUCAUUUAUUUUUAAAUCUUUGUUUUCAUUUUACUUGACAAAAAUCAGAAAACAUUAAAAACAAAGAGACAAAUCUCGAAAACAUAUGUUAUAUUUUAAUUAAACUCCUUUUAUGGGAUUUUCUUUUAUAACUUUCCAAUCUUUUUUUUUUAACUAGUAGUAAUGAGCCGUCAUCUGGCAAUGCAAUAUCUUUUCUCCAUUACUCCCCUGAUCCUCAUUAUAAUUUCGAAAAAUAUUUUAAAAUGUAUCAAAAUUACUACGGAGAUAGCCUAGCUUGAUAUUCAAUUUCUUCUAACAAGCCGGUAUUUAUCAAAACAUUGCAUAUGCACAUUGAAUAUUUUCAUGAAUAAGUUCGUAAUCCGGGCACUUGAAAGUAUCAAAAUUUGCAAAGAUAUCCAAGGCAACAAAAUUGUUUUUGAAGAGCUGUGUAAUUAUUACAGUCAGCUUCGACUUGCUGAGCUAGCUUUCGCUAUUUGCAAAUAUAAUAAUUAUUUGCAAUAAAUACUUUGAAGAAGCAUAAUAUAUAAGAAUACAAUUUGCGAAGUAAUGAAUGUAAUUUUGCUUUAUUUUCAUCUGUACAGCCAAAAAAGUCGUGUUAAUUUACAUAUAUAUGAAAACAGUGAAAAGCAUGCUUCAUUUCACGUACAAUUAGCAAAUGCAAUAUGAUUAAAAAUAAUUAUAUAGAUUUAACUUUGAGAACAUCUCUGAUAUUUAAAGAACAUUAAAUAAUAUAUUAAACACUGUUAUUGUAUAUUGUUAUAGAUCAAUAUACAUAUAUUAUUAGCCAUUCUGAUUGAAAUCAAAUGAUUUCAAAGAAAGUGCGAAAAAUGUCUUUAUGUCAAAAAGAUAAUAAUCAUAAAUACUACUACUACUGUUCACUAUUAUUUUUGAAAAUUUAUAUUCGAAAUUGUAUUGUAUUAAACCUAAAUUUUAACAAUUCAAUGAAGUAGUUAGCGAACGCAAUUGGGUAAAAUACAUAGGUAUAAUAUAAUCAGUUGUUUAAAAAGAAUUAUGUAUUUAGUUCGUUUAUUGGUUAUAAGUUAUAUAUUUUCUAUUAAAACUCAACACUAUAAUAUUUUCGUUUUUAUUGAUUUUAACUUCAAAUCAAAGACUAAAAUUAAGUAUAAAUAUACCUUUGUACAUAAAUAUAUAUUUUUUAUAUUAUUAAGAAUAUUGUAUUCUUUGAUCUUUAUUAAUAUUUAAUAAUAUUAACUGCUAUGAAAAUAGUUGUAAACACGUCACUAAAACAAAAUAUACGAAUAAUUUAUAGUUAUGUGUAUGAAUAUGAUUAAAAUAUAUUAAGAAAUAUUGAGAUGAAGGAACGAACAAACUACCAUACAUACUAUAUUUUAUACUAAAAAUCAUAAUAACUACUUGAGAUAUUAUUUGAAGUAUAUACAGAUAAAAGGAGUGGCGAUUUGCAAUAAAAUUUCAUUUCAUUAAUAAAAUU